UCCCUAUCAUCACUUCUGUAAUUUCUUUUCUUUUUUUACUCUCUCUCUCUCUCUCUCCUUUUCGAAAAUUUACACAUUUUAUUUUUCCGAGUCUUCUUCUAUUGGGAUCGUGAAACUUGAAGAUCGGAUCAAGAGCUCUCUCGCACUUGAACCCUAGACUGUAGAGUCUUCUCUCUCUCUCUCCGGUCUCCAUUUCCAAAAUAGUUCCUUUCCAUCUCUUCCUUCCCACAAACGUCGACGUUUCGGUUCGUGGAGUCUUAUGUUUUAUCACAGCUGUGGCAUGGACUUGCUAGGAACCGAGAGAGAGGGGGAAAGAACGAAAGGUCCAUCACUUUGAUCGGACAGAGUUUAAGGAAAAAUCAAUAUAAGGUAAAUACAAUCCGAGAGAAAUGUCAUCAUCGAACUCUCCGUGCGCAGCAUGCAAAUUCUUGAGACGAAAGUGCACGCAAGAAUGCGUGUUCGCACCGUAUUUCCCACCGGACCAGCCUCAAAAGUUUGCCAAUGUCCACAAGGUCUUCGGAGCGAGCAACGUGGCCAAGCUUCUCAACGAACUCAAUGCUGCCCAGCGAGAAGACGCGGUGAACUCGUUGGCCUACGAGGCAGAGGCUCGCUUGCGAGACCCGGUGUAUGGCUGUGUGGGUCUAAUUUCCAUUCUUCAACACAGGCUGAAGCAAGUCCAGACUGAUCUCUACAAUGCCAAGAAAGAACUUGCCACAUACAUUGGACCUCAGGCCAUGCUACCUAUUCUCCAACCUCCCGGCUUUAUCCCACAGCAACAUCACCCGGGCAAUCCUUCCUCUUCCGGCAUGGCCUUACCUUACAACAUGUCGCCGGCGAUGAUGGGGAUUCCCACCGGUGGUGCUACACAUAGCGGCCAAAUGAUGAUUCGCGAGACCCAACAGCAACAGCAACAGCACCACCAGCAUCAGAUUUUCGAGGCGCAACAAUUGGCCGCGGCGGUAGCUGCCAGAGAGCAACAUGAGAUUUACCGGAAUUACGAGCAGCAGCAACAACCAGAGCUUGUGAGGUUCAAUAGCGGGUUCGACCCGGCCGGUGCAGGUUCGGUCACUGCGAGUGGGUACAAUCAGAUGAACGCUGCGGCCAUGUCACCUUCUUUGGCUCUGGGAACCUAUGAAACCCCUUAUCAGAUUCAAACACAGCAAGGAGCGGAACAUCACCACCCUCACCAUCAGCUUCAGGCACAGCUCUUGCUUCAACCACAACAGACACAAGCACAGCAACAAGGGCAGCAAACCCAGCCGCAGCAACCUAAGUCAGAAAGCGAGGAGGGUAGGAGUGUUGGUCCGUCUUGUUGAUGCUUCUUUUUUGUAGCACCCUAACCUUCCCGCUUUUUCAUCCAACCAAUUUUCAUUCUAAGCUCGUAUCUGCCGCAUACAAGAAAAAAGAGGUUAACAUCUGGGGAUCCUAAGGCUGCAAUUUUUUUUGGGUUCGAAGAAGACUUUCUUGGGGAUACAUUUAAAAAUGUAUAUCCUGCAUUAAUCAUUGAGUGCAGUCUUUUUUAUUUUGAUCGGGUUAGCGAUGGUUCAUCCUUAUAAACAUGUAAAUCAGAAUCUGGAAAGCAUUUUAAAACCCUUUGCUACUCUUCAGUUUUUUUGCAUUUUCCAACUUACAUUGUUACUACAAUUACAAAAAACAAUUUUUUCAUAGCUGUAGUAGUAGUAGUAGUAGUUGUAGAUUUGUGUCUUUCGUAAUUCGUAUUAUGUUGAUGCAGAAUGAUAAUACAUUUUGGUGCACAAGACUUUCGUGUUGUAUGGAUAGUGAUAUCUCUAUAAAGAAUGCAUGGUCCUACUUCAAAAAGAUU